AUGGAUAGCAAACCAACUUUAUACAAAGUUAAAUGCUACACGAGAAACAAAAAUUUUAAAAACCCUUUCCCUCAUGCUCCUUUGUGUGAAUGGCGUGCAACGGCAUCAAAACAGAAACACCAACACCUUUGGCAAAUUACCAACUGGGCGCCUGCCCACAGUUGUUAUUCCACGGUGGUACGCAACAACAACGGGUGCCUUAGAUCUAAGGAUAUCGCUGCACACAUCCUGCCACAAAUUCGUACAGACAUUGCGUUGAAGGUGAAACACAUCGGGACACAUAUAAAGCAAGCGAUGUCUGUCGAUGUUACGUAUACGAAGGCGUGGCGUGGACGAAGAAAGGCAAUUGAGAGGAUAUAUGGAACCUGGGAAAGCAACUUUCAGGAGCUGCCAAAGUACGUGUUACGGCUUCAGUCUCGAAACCCUAGUACGGUGGUUUCAUGGUUUCAUCACCCGCACUUAGCUCCAGGACAUCCAACAUUCAAAUAUGUUUUUUGGGCAUUUGGUCCUUCUAUUCGCGAGUUUCAUCUUUGCCAGCCUGUCAUCUCUGUGGACGGCACACACUUGAAAGGAGGGUACCGUGGUAAGUUGUUGGUUGCGGUAACCAAAAACGCCAACAACUACAUAAUGCCAGUGGCGUAUGCUCUAGUUGACGAAGAGACGGUUCAUAGUUGGUGUUGGUUUUUCCAAAAUUUGAGAGAAUACGUCACCAAAGACUGUAACAGUGGAAUUUGUGUUCUAUCAGACCGUCAUGCCGGGAUAAUUAAUGCGAUGGAGAACCUUCUGGAUUGGAGGGAACCAAACGCCUACCACCGUUAUUGUCUUCGGCAUGUCAGAAGCAAUUUUAGUGGUAGGUUCAAGACCAAAUCUCUUAGGAAGCUGUGUUGGAUGAUCGGGAGCACAAGUCAAUGA